CAGUCAGUAUCGUUGGGAGCACGUAUACGUGCACUCGUCUCCAUCUGGUCCCUUCUUGGGGUAUUCCGCUGUGCCAGAACCGACUUGUAGCACCAUUCGGCAUGAUUAGAUUAUGCAGAUUUUCUGAUUGUCAUCCAUAGUAGACAGGAUCUUCCUCUCAUUGAUAGUUUGUAAAUAAAUAUAUAUUUAUAUACAGUUUCUGUAUGUAUGUAGGAGUUUUUCCUGAAAAAGAAUAUCAAAUACUGUCUUGUACCGCUUCUUAUAGACUUUCGCCGUGAAAUGGCCAGAGAAACCACGUGGUGGGCCCAGUCAAUACAUCCAGCAAGUAUGCACAGAUUAUAUCUUAAUGUUAUCUCCUGCAUGAUCAGCACGGCCAUGUUAGUGGAAAGUGUAUCAGCUGGGUGUUACUUUCCCGUUGAAGUUCAAGGAACUUAUCUCAUUCAAACCCAAGCUUCUGCAGCUUAUGGUGGAAGUACUGUUACGUAUUCCGAGAUAACAAUCGAAGUUGACGCCAUUCCUCCUUGGGGUCGCUGCCAUCGAAAAAGAGGAAACAACGUCAUUGUGAAAGACAGCACUGGUGCCGAAGACUGUCUGAGGUGCUUUCGUCUUACACAGAAGACACUGAAUGUGAUCCAGAUUCACACAGAAGGUCUUGGGCGAUGCUACACCAAUGAAGAGGCAGCUCGUGCCACGUGCCCAGACGACAAAGCAGUAUUUGAACGAAAAUUCAAAGAGAUAAUUUUGUACAAAAAACAAGGUCCUGAUAUGGUAUCGACGAUUGAGAACAUUUUCUGCCCUAUCAAUGGAAGAUAUCGUUUCACCUAUACAGCUAACAACAACGAGUUCCAGUGUAAGCAGUCUUUUUCGGAACUUAGUAACUGUCCCCAUGGUAACGGUUUAGAUGUUCGUUUCCGGCAGUGCAACUUUCCAGAUCUUGAUGUACGAUUUCUGUGUUUAGGAGACUGGGAGGGAGCAAAUGAGGAUCGUUAUAUUGCUCUGAUGGACCUACGAGCACAGCCGGAGGCUAGACCAAAAUAUCGUUGCGGGUUAUACCGUCAAGAUUCAAAGACAGGCCAGAUUUUUGUCUCCUUGUCUGCAGAUUCAGCUUGUAUUACACAGCUAAAUAGUUCAGCAGAAGGAUACGAGUCGCUCGUGCUCUCGCCAGUUCGUGAGCAGAACUUGCCACCCAGUGUUGAACAGGCAAAGUGUAAAUUUCCUGAAUGGAGCCAGGAAAAAUGGGAACACCUUGAUGUGAAGGGUAAAACAUUUGUCUUCAGAGAUGGUGUUAACUUUCGGACGAUCACCACGAAUUGUGUUAAAACAGAAAAUAAGACGACUUACGAUCGAUUCCUUGUAUACACAGUCACACAGUGUGGAGAAUCUUCCUACAAUUGUGUCUGGCUGCAGAAGCGUAGCCACAACAUCUUAGAAGUGCAAUAUGGAACUACAUCCAGUGACCGUGCUUCUGAUGACCUCUGUAACGAGCAACAGUUUCAGACGAAACAAUGGACAACCCAAGGAAAGCUUGACGUGAAGGAAGUAACGUCUUGUCCAAUCACCGGUGAUUAUACAGGUGUGGUUCCUGGCGACACAGGACUGUGUGCUAAGGUUGCUUCUGACUGUAAUAACCCGGAUAUCAUGUUCUACACCGUUAGCAGCUGCACAAACAGAUCUCACAUUUAUGAAGAACGUGUUUAUCGUUGCAUUGGAAACUGGGAAGAAAAUGGCGUCCUCUUCACUUAUACAAUUCGCCAGGACAUUAAAGGAUACCAGUGUUUCGUAGGGAAAGUUAUUAGAAAUGGAGAUGAGGCUUACAUCAAAGAAGCAGGAAAGAGCUGCUCCCGCGAAGUGGACCCAUUUACUAUGGGGAUGAAGAUUACUAAACAAGUCUCUUGCCCUCAAGUCCCAGUGACCUUUGUACCAGUCACUCCAUACUGGAGAACAGUGCUUACACCACCUUCACAGGAUAUAGCACCCUCCAGUGACGAAUCAUACUGGUAUCAGCGUGAUACUGAUCAGCCAACUACUCCACCUACUAAGUUGGAAACAGGGAAUCAAAAUAAAGACCAAUCAGGUAAUGCUGGUAUAAGAGCUGUUUCUGAUCUCUUUCGUCUGAUAUACCUUCUUCUUCUGGUGAAAUUUGUCAAAAAUGUGUGAAUAAACGUAAUGUUCACAUGGAAUUCUCAAGAUAUACACCUAUUCUUCCAAAAUCCUUAAUCAUGGAACUUAACAAGACACAACAACAGAGACUUGUCUUGAAUUUUAACACUAGAAUACAUUGAUUUUGUAGAGUGGUUAUCCAUGAUCUUUAUUCUUCACAAAACCUUGAGAAACACUUACUCAAAAGGCAGCUGUUUAUAAUGAUCUGAGUGGAAUGAUAAACUUGUCUGUAUGAAAAUAAGGUGUGGUUGUCUUCAAAACACUGAAAGGAUGCUUUACCAAAUUAAAUAUUAAAAGAAGGAACAUCAUGUUUUAGUAUACUAUUAUAUAUUUAAAUUUCAUUAUUUGGAAAUAAUUUUACAAAGUGAUCUAACAAAAUCUGUUUAAAUAACAGAAUGAAUACUGAGUUUGAAUCUGUCUAACAUGAGCUAAGUAUAAUUAGGUUUUUAAUAUUGUUGUAAUGUUCUUUAUUAUAUUUGUGAUUGAAAGUUGAUAGGUUUUGAAGUUAUGGACUUUCAAGUUAAAGUUAAAAUAAAGGAUGUUAUAAAGUCAAGAGAAAAAGAAAGAUAUUUUUUUGUGAAUCUUCUGUGUUUCAGAACUGCUGUUUUUCUGCACAAAGAAAAAAAUACUUAUUUAAUACAGAAUAUUUAAAACAAUAAAUUGAUUAUUGUUAGAGUUUACAGAUCUGGAUGUUUGUUUAAGAAUCAAAAUUAAACAUUUAUUAGAACUUGAAUUGAAAGGGCUAAUUUUUGUUAUUAUUUAUUCAUGAUUUUUAUAAGUACAAACAUUAUCUAAGGCUUUAUGAGCAUAAAACACCGAAUUAUCAAAUGUAAUGUAGCCCCAACUAACUCAGCUUCCUAGACCUAAUAAUUUAAAACAAAUAAAAACAUUUUAUUAAGAAUAAUAAUAUUUUCAAAAUACUCAUACACUAUAAAAGAAAGACUUAAAAAUUGAUGUUCAAUUUACCAUUAAAAUUUUAGUUACAAAAGAGCACAACAUGUUUUGAUGAAGUAAUAUAUCAUUUUAUGUUAAUCAGCAAAAAUAAUUUCAUUAGUUUUACAGUAGGAAAAUGUGGCUUAUCUUCUUUGUAAAGAAGUAAACUUGGAUGUUUUUAGCCUGUUGUAGCAAAAGAAAUAUUUAACAAACUUAUUGUUACAUUUUGAACAGUACUAAGCAAGAAUGUUUCUGUUGUAUGCAAAUACAGACUUUUUGUUAACAAUGGAGUACCUGCAUAUUCAAACUAUUUAUAUCAACCAUCAUUUGGUUUGAUCUGUUUUUUAAAAAAAAAAUUAUAUGUUAAUAGAACAAUUAUUCAGAAUUAGAAUAAAUCAGUAAAUCUGAGUGGAUCAGUUUUGUUGUAAUAAAAUGAAAACUCAAUACAAAAGGUGUUAGAAUGAAAAUCCUAUACACCAAGAAAGCUAGUAAAAAUAUAAUGACAACUGUACAGUUUAUUUAUGAGACAUUUGUGUUAACAUGUGGUUUUGAAAUUAGCUGUAAUAUGACAUUGUUCUAUGGUAAAGCAAUUAUAAUAAAAAAAAUUGAUAUAG